AUGUCAAUAUCGUUAUCAUCUUCUCUGAGCCUCUUGAUUAUACUGCAAUGUCUCGGUACCAACCCUGUCGAUAGCACAGCAGCAUCUUUCUUCAAUGAUCCUGAUGUCGUCCAAGAUUGGAUCUUUCAAAUGAUUAAUAUUUAUCCUGUUUGGGAAAAGGGAAUUUUCGGCAAGGACAUUCGGAUACGAGUAAAUGAUGAAGGCGUAGACUAUCGACAUGUUGAGUUCCAAAAUCGAUUCGACACGGAUGCAUCGUGUCGAGUGUUUGAUGCGUAUUUUGACGAGCGCACUCGAACCUACCGAAAUCAUGGAACCGUGGUGGCGUCAAUCAUUGGUGCAGGUGGAAACAAUGCUCAAUGUGCGGUAGGUAUUGCGCCGGAAGUAAUACUAUCGUCUUGUACUGUUGUUGGUGCUCCUGUUUUGGAUCUGACUGCCCGUGAUCACAGCUAUCCAAGCUACAAGUUGGAUGGAAUUCACAUUUCACACAAUUCCUUGGGCAACAUACCUUGCCGCUCGAAGCAACAAGCAGACAUGACCAUUACCUUUCCGAACUCCAACCGAUGCCCCUUUACCCAUCGACCCGGCUCUUUCUUUUCAUUCAAUGGCACUUUGUUCAGGGGGAUGGAGCACCCUUGCGACGUCUGUGACUUUCCGUCAGUAGAACCCACGGCAGCCUGUACCACUGCAGUCUUUCUACAUUGCCAAUUCUACUUUGAAGUGGAUCAAGAAGCAUGUAACUCCCUCUUGGACCAAUUCACCAACGGCGGGGAGUGUUCCUUUCAAAGUGUGGCAACUUUGAGAUCAUCGGUUGAAAAGGGAGGAACACUGGGACGAAAUGAGAAAGGAGUGAUCUACGUCUAUGCCAGUGGCAACAAUUUCUAUGAUGGGGACAAUUCCAACUUUGAAAACCUCGGAAGAUUCCCCAUUUUAGUGGGUGCCGUGGGGAAGGAUGGACAACAUUCCAGUUACUCGACCGGCGGCUCCAGUGUGUUACUGACAGCUCCAGCGGGAGACUUUGAUGACGUCGACCGCCAAACCGUGGCACGAGCAGGAGGCGGCUGUGAAUUGGCAGGCGAUGGAACUAGUUACUCCAGUCCCAUUGUUUCCGGAGUCAUCGCCUUGAUGCUCCAAGUCAAUCCCGACCUUACGUGGAGAGAUGUCCAAGGCAUUCUGGCCACCACCUCGGAACCAGUCACCCACACCGUAUUCCAAGAUGAAACUCAAAUGAGAAAUGGGGCAGGUUUGGUUCAUUCCAAUUUGUAUGGUUUUGGAAUUGUCAAUGCCAUGGCCGCCGUGACGGCUGCCGAAACGUGGGAGAAUUAUGGCCCCGAACGACUUGUCACAGCCCAAGUCAACAACCUGGAUUUGACCAUAACCGACGACGCUAAUACUCCGAUCUCCACACGUCUCGAAAUCACCAACGCGCCCAUUUUUGUCGAGAAUGUUGAAAUCAAGUUGAGAAUCCAGCAUUUGACACGAGGUCAUUUGCAAAUUACGUUGACCUCGCCCGAUGGAACCGUGUCCGAAUUGACCCCCGGAUUUAUUCCCGAAAAUGGCCAAGACGCCGAAUGGAUCUUGAGGACGGUCAAAUCCUGGGGAGAAUCGCCCGAGGGCACAUGGACUUUAAGCAUUGUGGACAAGGUGCCAGGCGAUUUGAGCAACUGUGCCGACAAGGCCGUUCGCAUUAUGGAACGAGGCCGUCAUAUCUUUGGAUGCAAUUCCAUGGAAGUCGUACAGAUUUUUCACGAUGAAGCAUUCAUGGAGACUGCCCAAAACUUUUUGGAUCUAGGAAUUGAAGAGGGAUGUUGCGCAUGUAACAGUGGCUUGUUUUGUGACGACACCAUUGACACCAGCAUUUGUUUCGAGGCAGUUCGAAAUGGUUUCUGUAGCGAUGGAGCACUCUUGCCCCAAUUGAAUUUGCUCGGCUUACAAGAUGAGGAAGGUACAAGUUUGAGAGAAGCCUGUUGUAUUUUUGGUGGUGGUACUAUCUAUGACGAUCCAAGUUUGUUUGAGGAUAAACUGUUGGGAUGGGAGUUGAUGAUAUAUGGUCAUCCCGAUCCAACGAGGACGGCCGCCCCCACUAUGGUCCCUACUUCAGCUCCUCCAACCCCAGCUCCCAGUAGUGGUGCUUCUACUUUGAAGACUUGGGCAUUGUCAACUUUGGGGCUUGUGUUUAGUUUUGUUGUGAUAUGUUAA